AUGACUAUAAUUCGACAUCAUCGACGUCAUCACUCAUGGCCGCACUGUGGCUCACAGAUUUGCACUCGCGAGAUAUGCAAUCCCCAACUUCGUGGUGCUCAAAUCGCAGCUGGUAGCGACACCGACUUCUCGUGGACAAGUUAUCCUAAUCCUUCAUUUCACCCACUUGACUCCGGUCUGCAAGACCGUCAGAAUGAAGCAGAUAACGACAUUUACGAAGAUGACGACGCAGAAAUGGCAGGAAUCACUCGCAUGCAAUCACCCCGACUCUAUCGUCUCUGGAGCCGUUCACUUGCGAGAAACAGGCGCGAUGAUCUAUUUGUAUCGCCGACGACAAUACAGGCACGCAAACCAGGUCCUCGUGGCGUACUACGUCGAUUGAUUCGUCGCCCGCCGCUGGAUAAAUCGCGAUCACUCUUUGUCAUGCCGACGUUUCGCAGACAAGGGGAAGCGGAGGCUGGGUCGGGCCGGGCGCCAUCGCGGGUCGUUGCUCGGCCGGUGACAAUCAUUGAAAGGGUGCCAAAGAUUCUGCCUGUGUCGGAGCUGAGGGGAUCACAUCUUGUGGGGGACAGACGCCACCGGCGCUGUCACUCUGAGCAGCCACGGUCAUGGAGAGAGCCUAGUGCCAGUCUGUGGCCUUUGCAGGAGGAGAGCUGA